AUGAAGAAAACAUUUGAUAAUAAUUGGAGUAAAUCAGAAAAACAUUUAACACAGGCAUUUAGUGCUCCUUCAUUUGGUCAUUCAAUUGACUUUGAUUAUAAACGUGAUAUAAAAUGUCUAUCGAAAAUAUUGCAAAAAUGUGAAAUAACUUAUGCAUUAGAUUUAGAUUUUAUUCUUCGUUUUCUAUCAUCAUAUAAUUGUGAACAACGUCUGAUACUUGUUUAUGGUCUUGAAUAUGAAUAUGGUUAUAAAUUUAUUAAUAUGAUACUUGACCAACCUGAAUCUCCUGUACGUUUAUGUACAUUAGCCAUGAUAAUUGAACCAAUGGUAUUGUUUGCACGUGAUUUUCAUGAUUUACUUAUAUUAAAACGAGCUGAUAAAAAUAACUGUAAUAUAUUCAGAAAAUUACUGGGAAUUUUAUUAGCAUUAGAUAAUAAUGAUAUACAAAACUUUAAAGAAACAUAUGAAAAUGUAUUUAAAAAUUCAGUUCAAAAAGACAUUGAACUUGCUCAAGAUGAAAAUAGUAUUGCAUCAAAAUUACUUAUUAAAUUACUUGAAGGAAAACGUUAUGAAGUACCGGUACAUUCAGCAUCAGUUGCAAAAAUAAUUGCUCAACAAUUAUAUGAAGUUCGUCAAGGUACAUCUGAAAUUGAUCGUGAUACAUAUACACAAAUGUUUACACGUGAUGCUUUUUCACAAUUAGCAGCUAUAUUUGAUAUAUAUGAAGAUAAAUUUGGACAAUCAAUACAAGAAGCUAUAGAACAUCAAUUUCAAAGUCAAAUUGAAAUAAAAUGUUUUCAAGACAUGGUUGAAUAUAUAAGAUUACCAAGUGGUUAUUAUUCUAAAAUACUUCGACAAGCAUUAGAUGAAAAACCAAUUGAUUAUAGAACAUUAAUAAGAAUUAUUAUUGGUCAUCAAAGUGAAGAUUUAUGUGAAAUUAAAUUAGAAUAUUCAAAAAUUUAUGAUGAAACACUUGAUAAAACAAUUGAACAUCGUAUCGAUAUUGCAGAAAUAAAACAUGCACUUGUUAUGGUAAUUACAAAUGGAAAAAAUCCAUUAUCAUCUAGUUGUGGACAUGCUCUUUUUGAGCAUAGAAAUCAUAGUAAUCUAACUAGUUUAAGAUUAAGUCCAAUAACAACAGAUGGUAUGCAACUAAAACUUAAUCGUUCACAAGAAGCAUUUGAUAAACUUGCUAAUAUAUUUAAAAUGAAACGUCCGCAUUAA